AUGUCGGAAAAGGAAGAGCUUCCGUCGACAUCAAAGUCCACCGGAGCUUCUUCAUCGCGACCCACUCUAUCUCUUCCUCCACGGCCGUUUAGUGAGAUGUUCUUCAACGGUGGAGUUGGAUUCAGCCCUGGUCCGAUGACUCUUGUCUCAAACAUGUUCUCUGAUUCCGAUGAGUCUCGUAGGUCUUUCUCUCAGCUCCUUGCAGGUGUCAUGCCUUCUCCGGCGGGUAGUGAAAGGAAUAGUACUAAUAGCUCUAGUGUUGAUGUUGGUGACGCGAGAUUUAAACAGAGCAGACCCACGGGUUUGAUGGUUUCUCAGUCACCACCGUCGACGUUCACCGUACCUCCAGGGCUAAGUCCGGCGAUGUUGCUUGAUUCACCGAGCUUCUUGGGUCUUUUCUCUCCCGCUCAGGGAUCAUAUGGGAUGACACAUCAGCAAGCACUAGCACAAGUCACAGCACAAGCAGAAGCAGUUCAAGCCAAUGCCAAUAUGCAACCCCAAACCGAGAACCUUCCUUCCUCUCAGGCUCAAUCAUUUUCAUCUGGUCAACCUCAGAACCUGAACUCAGCUCCUGAUUCCUCACAACUAGCUCAAAGAGAAACCUCAGAUAUAACCAUCGUUGAGCACCGGUCACAACAGCCUCUAAACGUUGACAAACCAGCUGAUGAUGGCUAUAACUGGAGAAAGUAUGGGCAAAAGCAAGUUAAAGGCAGUGAGUUUCCUCGAAGCUAUUACAAGUGCACGAGUCCUAGAUGUCCUGUCAAGAAGAAGGUUGAGAGGUCUCUUGAUGGACAAGUAACUGAAAUCAUCUACAAAGGUCAGCACAAUCACGAACCUCCUCAAAACACUAAACGAGGCAACAAAGAUAACACCACAAAUCUUAAUGGGAGUUCGGUUAAUAACAAAACUACGAGAGAACAACAUGAAGCAGGAAGUCAAGCUACGACAGAGCAAAUGUCUGAGGCAAGUGACAGCGAAGAAGUUGGUAAUGAAGAAACUGGUGUAAGAAAGAAAGUUGAAGAUGAGCCUGAUCCCAAGAGAAGAAGUACAGAAGUUCGAGUAUUGGAACCAGCUGCUGCUGUUGCUGCUUCACAUAGAACAGUGGCAGAGCCUAGAAUUAUAGUUCAGACAACAAGUGAAGUUGAUCUUUUAGAUGAUGGAUAUAGGUGGCGUAAAUAUGGACAGAAAGUUGUCAAAGGGAAUCCUUAUCCUAGGAGUUACUACAAGUGCACAACACAAGGAUGUGGAGUGAGGAAACAUGUAGAGAGAGCAGCAACAGAUCCAAAAGCUGUAGUAACAACAUAUGAAGGAAAACAUAACCAUGACCCUCCAGCAGCUAAAUCAAGCAGCCAUGCCGCUGCUGCAGCGGCACAGUUAAGGCAUGGCGGUUUGGCUAACUUAAAUCAGCAGCAGCAGCAGCCCGUUGCGCGUCUUAGGCUGAAAGAAGAGCAAACAAUUUAA